AUGGGAAAAUUUUAUUAAAAUUUAAUUUAAAAUUAUAUUUUCAUUUUUCUAAUUUUUUUACAUUAUUUUUCAAAAAUUAAUUAAUUAAUAUUGACUCUAAAAUUCUCCUAUUAAAACCCUAAUAAGACCCCAAAAUUUUAAAACUUCAAUAAAAAAAUAAAUCCUUUAAGGCCAUCAGAACUCAAAAUCAAUCCAUCCAUUUAACAGAGGUUUUUUAUGAAUAAAAAUAAUAAUAAUAUCGAAAAAUAGUACUAAUAAAUUAAUAAAUAGUAGCUAAGGAAAAUGCGUUAAAGAAAAUUAAUCUGCUUUAUAAAUGGUUUUACUUAAAACAACAUUUUAAAGCAAAAGAGUAAAUAUUUAUGUUUUAAAUUAAGGUUAGCAUAUGAUUUUAAAUAAAUUUAUCCUGUAAACCUACUUUAUUACUUUAAAUAUAAAAUAAAUAUGUGUAUUCUUUUGUUAAUUAAAAUAUUAAAAAAUUUAUCAAUCAUUUAAGCAAAAAAAAGCAGAAACUUUAAAAUAUUAAACAUGUAAAAUAAAUAUCAUAUUAAUGUUUUUAAUUUCUUUAUUAUUAAUUUAAAAAAACAAACUUAAAAAAUAUUCAAUCUUUAUUUAAGAAAAAUUAGAAUAAGUUUUUAUUUAAAAUUUAUUAAUGCACUCAAUUUACUUAAAAAUAAAAUAAAAUAAUUGAUGAAAAAUACAUUUAAACAUUUUUCCUGA